UCUGCUGCAGUGAGUAGAUAUACAGCUAAAGGUCAAUUCAGUAUCGCCGUGUUCCUUGACUACGUGCUGGUGAGUAAAGUCUUCGAGUCAGCUGAGGACCACUCGCAGCCUCACUCAAAUUUCCGGAUGGCCGGCCGUUACCGGACUUUAGGUGCCCUGCAGCUGGCCAUGAUGGUGUUUGUAGUGAUCACGUGCUGUGCAGCAGGAAGCCGCGUCUUCACGGCGUGUGGCGGUGUGCUGGAGGAGCCGCGGGGGAUCGUGCAGUCUCCCAACUUCCCGGAGCGAAUGCCCGCGCCCCUGGCCUGCCACUGGGUCAUCCGCGCACCUCCCGACAAGAAGAUCGUGGUGUACUUCACGCAGUACUUCCUGCGCGGCGUGCUGCGCCUCAUCGAGUACGACCACUACGUCAGCGAGUACGUGCAGGCCGGCCGCAAUCCUCUGGGGGAGAUGAACUUCGAGGAGGACAUCCGCUACGUGGUGGCCUACCGGCCGUACGUGGUGCUGGAGUUGCGCCUGCAGAACGUCACCAACUUGCACCUGCGCGUGGAGGACUACCUGGAGGACGUGUACGGCUUCAACAUCACCUACGAGAUUCUCAACCGCACGCAACACGUGCGUGACGUCACGUGCUCGGUGAUGAGCUGCUCCUUCCUGGGACACUGUCUGGCGGCCGCCGACUUCUCGCGCUUCCAGUGCGCGUGCUUCCCUGGGUUCUACGGCAGGGAGUGUCAGUACGGCCCCUACUGCGACCCCGACAAGGGCAUCAACAUGUGCGCCAACAACGGCCGCUGCCGGUACAUCUACGGAUCCACUGUGAACGUGUGUGAGUGCCCGGAUGGCUACACGGGACCCAAAUGUGAAGAGAAAAAAGAAAACAGUCUUUCCAAAGAAGAGUGUGUCGGCGUCAGCUGUGAUGGCGGCUGUCAGGACAUGGAUGGCGGCUCCAGGUGCGCUUGCAGAGAGGGCGCGGACCACGUGACGUGUGCAGAAACCGAAUUCUACAGAGUAUCUGUGACUGUGGUAGCCGACAAGCAGCCAGAGGAGUGGAGGCACGGAAAUAUCCACAAUAUAAUACACACUUUUCUGCAGUCAGCGGGACUAGGAACGCUCAAUCGUCUUGCAGUGGAUGUUGUCAAUGAAGACAGAAUACUGCUGUUUCACUUCUACCUGGAUAAAAACGAGGUGACAAUGAUGCCCGCAGCUGUAGGCGACCUCGUGCACAACCUCACAGGUGUUGCAGCCAACCACACAGUCGACGUGCAUCCAGAAACGUGUUUACUGAGUGUGGAGAGCCACAGCAAAGUGCCGGCCCUGGAGGGUCGGAUGAUGAUCUUGGUGUGCACAGCGCGGGGGUCGCCGGCCCUGCACUUCCGCUGGUACAAGGACUGCCACCUCUUCAACGCUUCACUGACCACACGCAACGCCUGGGAGCUCCGUCUGUUUGAUGACAUCAACGACAAGCAAGUGUCUGUGUUUAACAUCGACGGCGUCACAACGUACGACAAAGGAGAGUUCGUCUGUGAGAUUGAAGACGUGGAUAAGAAGGAGAAGAAGGUGCUGCGUGUGCACGUGCUGGCCUUGCCGCAGGUGGAAGUCAAGCCGCUGACCAUCAGUCUGGUGGCGGGACAGUCGCACAGCUUCCGCUGCUUGUCGCCGGACGACAACAUGCGCACCUUCUCCUACCAGUGGCUGAGAGAUGGCGCCUUGUUAGGAGAGACAGUCAAUGGCGAGGUCGUUGAAGACUUACUUCCCAGUGGUUCCCGCCUCUUCCUGAGUCGAGCUCGGGUGUCUGCCAACUACAGCUGCCGGGUGCACAACCGAGCUGGCGCCACCUCCAAGUCCGUCGUCCUCUUCGUCAUCGCACCGAACCAGAGUGAUGUGGCUUGUGACAGCAGCUUUUCUGAUGGAGUCAGGUGGAACAGAACUUUUGGUGGCUAUUACGAUCUUCAGUCCUGCCCUGUGGACCCCACAGACACUGCAGAAUUCAAGACCGGAGGACUGGGAGAUGCAUACGCGCGGAGGGACUGUGUGUGCCGGGAGGACCGGUGUGCCUGGGGCCACCCCAACUACGCGCGCUGUCAGUCGGUACACAUCAUCAACAUCUUUCUGCAGCUGGAGCAGAUUCAACUGGGGUACCAGCAGGGUGGGCUGUCCGGCAUCUACAACUCCAUGUACAGUGUGGUACAGAAGGCACAGAACCGCACGUUGGCCGGUGACGUGGAACUGUUUGCCAGGAGCCUGCAGACGCUCCUAACCGUCACACUGCGGUUCCCUACCCUGGCCCCGGAAAUAACAAGUGACUUCAGUUUUAAGACAGUGGCGCAUUUCAUGGACCUCCUCCUGAAGGAGAUGAAAGACAAGAACGAGUCGGAGAAAAAGGACCUGAGUGUAGGAGCGCGGCUGAUCCAGGUGUGCGAGAUGAUGGUGGAGCUGGCCCAGCGCUCCCCGUCUCUGGUUUCCCUUGACAACAUCACCUUACCCACACUGGGAUUGAUGGUGAGGAACGUAACCCUGCAUCCCGUGAAUGGCUCGCUGGCGCCCUCUGUACUGGAAGUGAGUCUCGAGAAGCCUGCUCUCACCCGCAGCCUCCGACAUCUGUCCUCCGUCACCACGAACGACAGACCGACCGACUACGGAGAUGUAGCAGACAAUCGAAGUGCAGCAGACACGUGGACAACAAGGAGGGUCCUGCAGGUGACCUUCUCGCAGACCAUAAUUCCUGUCCUACCGGUUCGCAACCGUAUCAGCCCGCACGCAGAGGUGUUCGUCACGCCGCUGAUAUCGGUGAUCCCUGUCGACCUUCUACAAGAGGAUGACGAUCAAACAGAUGAAAAUGUUCAGGAUUUGGUCCAGCUGGAAUUCUUCCACACUCACGAGAGAGCAGUUUUUAGCGACAACAUCACGAGGUGUGUUGCGUGGAUACCCGAAAACAGGGAGCGUCUUGUUGGACACUGGUCUGCAGGAAGUUGUCACGUGAUCAACAGGACAGCCAACGCCACCGUUUGUCUGUGUCCGCUACAUGGUCAUUACGCCGUUACUGUGCUGUCUUUGAAUAUACAGCUGCCUGUAGCGCCGCCACUGCCGUGGAACAGUGUCCUCAUGGUGUCAUGUGUCACCUCCCUGUGCGGACUGGCCGCCUGCAUUGUUGUCUACAUGAUUACAUGGAGGCACAUUGCGGGGACAACCUCCAUUAUACAUCUCAGUCUCGUGACUUCCUUCGCUGGCGUCAACCUCGUCUGCAUCUUCUGUCUCUCCGAGACCACACAGAAGAUGGUGUGUGUGGUGGGCAAGGUGCUGGUGCAGUUUCUCCACCUGACAUCCUUCUCCUUUCUGCUGGCGGAGGCUGUCCACGUCUUCUUCAAGAUCCGCGCCGUCCAGGGAGCAGUCGUCACCCACAGCAUCUGCAUCAAGUAUUUCCUCGUCGGCUGGGGGCUACCCUCCGUGACAACGCUGGUGGUCAUUCUCAUGUCUGAGUUUUACGGUCACGACUUCACCUGCCACACAUGGUGCUGGUGGUCCGAAGGGCACUGGCAUUUCUACGCGUUUUUGGUGCCACUCGUCAUCCUCAGUAUGGUUCAUACUGGAAUCAUGGUGUUGUGCUUGGUUUGCACGAGAACCUGGAAAGAUGAGACUCGCUUCCAAAACAAGAAGACUUACAUCUUUACGGCAGCGCGCGCCUUCAGCAUAGAGACCCAGCUGAUAGUGCUGUGUGUCAGUGGAAUGCUCAAUGAGAGUGACAGUGUGACAGAAAGCCGUCGGUUCCUCUUCCUGUGUGUCAACUGCACACUCACUGCAACUAUAAUCAUCUCCAUGGUUGUCAUGAGGCGCCGGGUACGGAAAGCGUUGAGUCUGGUCUACUCCAAGAGAACAUCACAGCACACGAAGACGGUAGCUUCAAGUUCCUGCAGAGUUUCAUUGACUCUGGAGCACGAGUCGGAGGAGACGAAAGUUGAGAGCAUCCAGCAGUUCUACCGAGAAACUGAUCGAAACAAAUUUACAACAGAGCACAAGCACUACCUCCGCUUUCUUCUCGGGACAUCUUCUUCCUCCUCUGGCUCCCUUAGUUUGGGGACAGAGUCUGCACGGUUCCCCCAGGAAGGACCUGGAGCGGGCAUCCGGCGAGCCCCCCGCAGUCGGACAGCCACUGACAAACUGCUGCCAGUGUCACCUGGCAGUCGGACAGCCCCUGACAAACUGCUGCCAGUGUCACCUGGCAGUCGGACAGCCCCUGACAAACUGCUGCCAGUGUCACCUGGCAGUCGGACAGCCCCUGACAAACUGCUGCCAGUGUCACCUGGCAGUCGGACAGCCCCUGACAAACUGCUGCCAGUGUCACCUGGCAGUCGGACAGCCUCUGACAAACUGCUGCCAGUGUCACCUGGCAGUCGGAAGUCAGGAGGCGCCCAGCAUUCCUCCUGUCUGCUACAGAUAUCAAUGUGCAGUGACGACACCGUUGAGCAGCAGAGCGUGGUGAUCGCUACCAGUGACAAGUCGCCCAUGGAGUGGGAGGUGAUGUUUUGUUGCGACCAUCACCGGAGCCCACAUCAGGCGCGUGAAGGGGACUUUGUUGGGCCACCUGAAGGUGGUUUUGAUUCGGGCGCCAUGAUUUCAGGCAACUGGCGAGACCGCGGAGCAAGUGGUCAUGGUCGAGUGAACAGCAGCAGACUCGCAGCUGAUGAGGUCGCUGGGGAGCACGAUGCCUUGCUGACAGUGCAAAACAGUCGGAAAGAUGACAGUCUUUGACAACCAUGGACGUUUCCUUGACAACACUUGUUGCCUCGUCUUGCCUUGUAGAGCUGACGAUGUAGAGGACCUGUUGGUCAGGAUGUUGGCGAACUGAAUGCGGGGAGUAGGGGCAAGGCCACAGUAAGAACUUAGGUAGCAGUAAGGUCAUCAAAGUGUGACUGUCUAGCAAUAAAUAAAUAAAGUUUCACGGUCUACAACAGUGAGGUCGACUGUGUAGCAAGGUGGUGUUUAGUGUCUAGGUCAGUGGUCACUAGCACAGUGAUGUCAAUGCCCACCACGGUAAGGGUAGGGUUGCUAGCCCCACGCCCAGCCUUCCACCUUCAUCCGGGCUUGGGACCGGCAGGUUACCCGGGGGUUUCCAGGCGGAGUUGGACAAAAAGAACGAUGAGUCCUUUAUUUCUACGAGUGGAUAUUAACUGUUGUUGCUUGUUGUCAAAAGAGGCCGGCUCACUUCAGUCUCAGUUACAUGCACCACAGCUGGCUGAGAUCAGCUCACCCCAAACUGACUCAAUGAUUGCAGCCAGGCCUGCCAACACCUGACCACAGCACUGCACGUGUCAGAUUACUACAGCCCAGCACGACCACAUCAAUACUCUGUAAUAUAAACAACCAGCCGCAAAAAUAUUGACUCAGCACAACAGAAAUCAUGACCAACGGAACUCAUGGCGAUAAGACCAACCCAACACACAAGAUCCACCAUCGACAUUCAGACGAGGGCAAGACAUGUGGUAACCAGAGUAACAACUGCACUAACAGACUAACAGACCUUACUACUGUAGGAGGUGACUGUGUGGACAAUUUCGUCUGAAACUACAUCCUGACACAGUUUUCACCGGAACCUUUAUUUGGCUUGACCUUUCAACCCUCGUGUUAGUGGAGCCAUUGGAUGAUUCACGUCCUCGUGCCGUCUCUACCCUGCUUGUACUCAGGUUCAUGUCAGACCGUGUGACGGUGGCUUUACUGUCAAACACCGUUGUUGCCAUGACACCCUCUCCUGUUGCCUUCACCAGACGUGCAAUUAGCGCUCGCUUGAGCCUGCAAUGUCUCAUUUUCUCUAUGUUACGAAAAAAAAAAGUUUCCUAAUGUUAGAAAAA